AUGAAAAUAUUUAUUAUAAGUGUCCUCUUAAUUACAAUUGCUAUAGCUUAAACAGAAGAUGGAGGUUAUGAUUAAAUUAAAGCAUGGAGAGAAAGAAUAUAAUUCAAAUAAGAUUAUGAGAAAUUAUAGGAUAUGAUUCAAUAAGUUGAUCAUAUUAUUGCUUAUUUAGAUACGGAAUAAGGAAAGUAAUUUCAUUCAAUUUAUUUUAAGAAAUCUUACUCCUAAACAAUAUGAAGAGUUGCUUAAUGAAAUAACAAUUAUAGAAGAUGAAAUCAAAGUUAUAACCUCAUCUUAUAAAGAAGACGAUUUAUGAUUAUGUAUUUUAUUGCGUCA